UCUUGUCAGUUGGCUCUGCCGCUUCAUUCAACAGCUUUAGUAAAUUAUUACACGUGUAAACAUGAGCGAUUGCAACCUGGAGGCAGCCACUCAACAGGAUCAGGCCAAGCCUGAGGAGUCGCUUCCAGCUAACCCGCUGCAACAGCCCACGGCACAUGAUGUUGCUCUGCAGAAACAUAGCGAGCUGAAGGGACAGCAAUUAGAUCUCAAGAAGCAACUAAACACCCUGAAACUACAUCUCGCUGCGCUCGGGAUUGAAAAUGAUCAUUUAGAGGAGCAUAUACACAAGCUGGAGCAGCAGAAUCUACAAAAGGAGUACUUUAACCAAAACAUCAAGACACAGAUCUUGAGCGCUGCAAAGCGAGCAGUGGACAACCAAACGCGCAUCACAUUUCCUCAACAUUUUUUAGUCCAAAUCUUUGCACCCUUUGCAGAAGAUCAGAAUUUUAUGGAGCACUGUGCGCAAAUAGAUAGCGAGAUAGCCAAAUUAAUGCACAAGCUGCGCCUCCAGGCAUACCAGGCACAAGAAACUAAAUUUAGAAGUGUUAUUAGCAAAAAGAAAACCAACUUGCAAGCCCAGCUUGUGCAUAAAUAUGAAGCGAAGCUGGCCAAACAGGAGAGAGCCCAUCAAGCAAAGGUUUCACAACUGAAACACAAAUGUUUCGAGCUGCUGCAGCAUUGCCUAAUCGAGAACUGUAAAGAUACAGAGUAUAUAAAGUCGUAUUUGACAGAAAUGAAAACCCUUUAUGAGCAGAAGACGCAGAACCCCUAGCUUAAUCUCUAUACCAUUUACAUAUGUGUUUAUAUUUUUUAUUAAUCGGCACGUUUAUUUAACC